AUGCAACAGGGCCUUCUUCGCCCUCUCCACCUCUUCGCUGUUAGAGCAAGUGAUUCCCACAACGGUAACCAUGUGGGUCCACUCCACAAGCUUGGCCUCUCCGACGCAAAAUGCGAAUCCGCCGUUGUUGCCGGUAACGUCCCGGAGGCACCUCUGGUUCCCCCUAAACCGGCUUCUUCGGUUGGAACUCCCGUCGUCCCUUCACUUCCACUUAACAGGCAUCCUCGACGCAACCGGAGGAUGUCGGCGCUGAGGGAAGCUUUUCAAGAGACGACAAUAUCGCCUGCGAAUUUCGUGUAUCCACUUUUCAUUCAUGAAGGUGAGGAGGACACUUUAAUUGGGGCUAUGCCGAGAUGCUACAGGCUUAGAUGGAGGCAUGAACUUGUGCAAGAGGUUGCAAAGGCACGGGAUGUUGGUGUUAAUAGUAUGGUGCUUUUUCCUAAAAUUCCAGAUGCCUUGAAGUCUCCCACAGGAAAUGAAGCAUACAAUGAUAAUGACUUAGUGCCUCGGUCAAUACGUUUGCUUAAGGAUAAGUUUUCAGACCUUGAAGGAAACAAGACAAAAUUUAAUGCAGAUGAGUGA